AGUUGCUUGACUGAUUGUAUACAUUCCGUUCAAAGGGCAAAAUGACAUGCAUGCUUAUAUAUUUACGUGUUACAAUUUAAAUCUUUUCAUAAUCACUAAUCUUGUUUGAGUUGUAACAGGUCAGCUGAAGUUUCUUGUACGCAAGUUGUUGUUUCAGAACGCAAAACAAUCGCUGGAAAAUGACAAACACACUCCGAGGAGAAGUAGUGCAACUAUAUAAAACUUUGCUUUUUCUUGGACGCGAAUACCCAAAAGGCGGAGACCAUUUCAGAGACAGACUGAGGGCCGCUUUUGCCAAGAAUAAGGAUGUGCGAGAUCCAGAGAAGAUCAAAGAACUCAUCAGCCGAGGAGAAUUUGUGGUGAAAGAGCUGGAAGCUCUGUAUUACCUACGAAAGUACAGAGCUUUGAAGAAGCGAUAUUAUGACACAGACGAGUGACUGCUGAA